GCGAGCGCCAUCGACACGGUGGGCGUCGUGGGAGCAGGGCAGAUGGGCAUUGGCAUCGCGUAUGUCGCGGCCAAGACUGCCGGCGUCCAGGUCGUCCUGUCCGACCGGUCCCAGCAGCAGCUCACCAAGGGCCUCCAGUUCGUCGACAGCCUCCUCGGCAAGGAGGUCAAGAAGGGCCGGCUCAACAACGAGGAGGCGAGUCGGGUUCGGGGCAGGAUUAGCGCUGCGGGCGACUCGGUCGAGCAGGGCGCGUUCGGCGAGGUCGACCUUGUCGUCGAGGCUGUCGCCGAGUCGCUCCCCAUCAAGCAGGCCAUCUUUGGCUCGCUCGCGACGCACCUCCCGCCGCACGCCAUCCUCGCGAGCAACACGUCGAGCAUCUCGCUGUCGACCCUCGCCGCGUCGGCCGUCAACUCCAAGACGGGCGAGAGCCGGGCGAGACAGGUCGUCGGCUUCCACUUUUUCAAUCCGGUCCCGGUCAUGAAGCUCGUCGAGCUCAUCCCGGCGCUCCAGACCGACUCGUCCGUCCUCGACGUCGCUCGCGGGUUCGCCGAGCGCAUGGGCAAGACGGUGACGCUGUCGGCCGACACGCCCGGCUUCAUCUCGAACCGCCUGCUCAUGCCGUUCAUCAACGAGGCCAUCAUCACGCUCGAGACGGGCAUCGCCUCGAAGGAGGACAUCGACACGACGCUCAAGCUCGGCAUGGCGCACCCGAUGGGCCCGCUCCAGCUCGCCGACUUCAUCGGCCUCGACACGUGCCUGAGCAUCAUGAAGGUGCUCCAGGACGAGACGGGCGACUCGAAGUACCGCCCGGCCGUCCUCCUCGGCCGCAUGGUCGCCGCCGGGUACCACGGCAAGAAGACGGGGCGCGGCUUCUACUCGUACACGGCGCCGCCGGCCCCGCCGCCGCGCAAGCUCACGGCCGAGGAGGGCAACGAGAACCCGUACGGCGACUCGGAGGGCGACGUCGAUGUUGGGCUUGGCAGGCUCCUCCUCAAGGACCAGGGCGCGCAGUCAAAGGUCAAGUCCAAGUGAGGGGGAGCGAGCGGGGCGGGUGUCUCUCUUUCUCUCGAGAAGGACAAGCAGCGCGAGGUUGAUGUAAUUGCAUUGCGUGUGAACGACUCAGGAUGAUACUGCUGCUGCGAGAGAGACGUUUGUACGACACUGCCUGAACCUGCUCCUCGGCCCCUCUCUCGGGGCUCGACUCAGUGCUGGACCGGCCUCGUCCCCUCCUUGUUGUACCGGACCAUCUCGACGUACUCGCUCGAGCCGACCUCGACGAACCCGAGCUUGCGGUACAUGUCCAUGCCGCGCUUGUCGGCCUCGAGGAAGAUGGGCGUCGGCGGGCUCUGGGCGUCGC